AUGUUUAAAUCUCAAGAUGGCAGACUAGCCAAUGACAUGAUCCCUCGCCGGUCAACAAAGGUUGAAACACAGAUUGUUGGAACUGAAAACAAAGACAGACUUCACGGGUUCGGGACAGAGAUCGAAAUCCUGGAGAAUGAUUCGGAUGAUUUUACAAGCACGUGUAACCAAAACACUGAAGAAGUAGGCUGUGUCCGUAUCAGUUUAAGUAAACAUGUGGCGACGAAAAACCCGAAAGUCUUGGCGGUGGGCACCGUCAGACGUUCAUCAUCCCUUCGGAAUGUCUCUAAGAGGAACAAAGGUUCCGGAACGAUCCGAAGAACGAGCAGUUUUAGUCUCCUUGCAAGACCAAGUAAACCAGGAGAUCGUCUCACAGUGGAAAUCUUACAAGCAUUGUCUCCUUUCGACUUAGCAGGAAAUGACGUAGUCUCAGAGGCUGCCCGUGGGCUGCUUUUGAACAAAGUAAAAAUGGAAAAACAUGUGCAUGACAUUUUUUUCCCGCAUGAGAAAAAUGACCCACGAUUGGAGAACUUUGACACUCGAGGAUUCCCGGUAGACAAACUCGGAACUGCUCUUGUAGCACAAGCUAUUUCUACAAAUAAGGACGAUCACAAAUUCCACUCUAUGAUUGAUAAGCGCGCCCUAGCGGACGUUCUUGAAGGAUUAUAUAACAGCCUACAAUGGAAAAAAAUAGGAUUUUGCCUUUAUACGCUGCUGUACCCGGAGGAAGUGCGGAAUGACGUCAUAGGAGUAUGUCUGAGGGACUUCAUAGAGGACAGAGGACAUGUUUGGGCCGAGAAACUUCUUUCCUUUAUCAUGGAACCCAGGUGGACGGCGAUGUGGCAAUACAAGAUCGUGCGUGGUCAAGCCUCAGAAGAAGAAUACAAUCGGGAAAUGAACGCCCUUUUCGUCAAACUCCACUUACUAGACCCCCAGUCUGUCAUUCCUGCCUACCAGUUCCUUCUUAACCAGCGUGCUUUGCCAACUGUAAACUUGGAGUUGGCUACCAGGAACUACCUCGGGGAUACUAUAGAUUGUGCAGAAAUACAAGAGGAUGUUCUGGACGCUCUAACGAGAUCGAGCAUGCCUAUAAAUGUAUCCCGAUUAAGUCUGUCGGACAUUGAAAUAUUCUACGGUGUGGAAGUCGACGAAUUCAUUGUGACGUCAUGUCGUAAUAUUGGCGUAUGGAGCGGAAACAGGGCAGACAAUAGUAAAACAUCGAAACCACGUGACCGAUGUUGUGUCAUGUGAUUUCUUGUGUUUCCUCUUUCCUUCAUACAGCUUAAAACAUUUAUUAUUUAAUUUGUAUGAACACUUCAUGUUGAUAGAAGUUUGAUGUCGAAAUUAUUGAUAUUAUUUGAUAUUACAUGUAUUUUAAAUACAGAGAGACAGGCAG